AUGGGGCUGUUCAAGUCACGCAAAUCCGUCACCUACGACGCUCCGAGUCCCAACAAGCGUAAUUCAACCCUAGAGGCUUCUGACGUGGUCGGUGCAGCACCCGAAUUUGGCAGUCGACGUGGAGCAUCGCACGCUUCCGACACCGCCUCGAUUCUCUCACGUAACUCGAACGGCAUGAAGAAGCUCUUCGGAAGCACCCGCAGAAAGGGGGCUCCCAGCAUCGACGCCGACUCUUCUGCUCCACCCAGCAAGAACCUCGGCUCGGAUUACUUCAACAGCACCAGCUCGAAGCGGGACAGCCGCUCCAGUCUGCAUCAGCCUGCUGCCAUUCUCAACACGCCUCCCGUCAUCACCCCUUCGGCCAUCUCCCCGUCCUUGAGCUCUCCUGCGGGUGGAGAAAGCUCUUUUGCUCAAGCCAUCAGUCAGAGUGUCUCGGGCGGUCUGGCAUCUCCGGCCGCUCCCUCAGGUCCGCGCCCUUCUGAGCUAUUUGCAGGCAAGGGCGUACAGUGGAACGCAAUCGACCUCACCUCUCGCGACAUCACCAAGCCCACAGAUGCUGCAACCACCAGCGUCGAUCUGCAAAAGUUCCUCAAGGAGCGCCGUCAGUGGAUCCCCACCUUCAAGGACUCGGAAGCUGUCGAGGAAGCUCCCAUCGAUCUGCCAAAGUCUCUGGACCAAUUCUCUUUCGACACACCUGCCGAAGUCACCAAGUCGUCGGCUGGUCUCAAGGAUCUGAGGGACCUCGAGGACACGCACAAGCGCAAAGCCGCGCUUCUCAACCCGGCUCCUCUCGCCAGCGCUGCCGACGGCACCAUCUUUGAAGAGGCAGGUCCGAGCUCCUCGAUCGUACCCAGUGCAUCUGGGUCUGUCGCUACUCUCCCGCCUACACCAGCACAGCCCUCUCGCAAUCAAUCUUUCCGUGUCUCGAGUUUCGCCAAAAAAGACGAUUCGGCAGCUCCGAAGACUGGCAGCGUCUCCCGCAAGCCCGCUCCCACACUCGGUCUCAACGAGGGCGGCGCACCUCUUUCUACAUCGGCAUCACGCGAUAUUACACAGCAAAGGACUUCGUUGCAAAAGGAGCGCGCGGACCCCGCAGCAGAGACAGACAGCCCGACAGAGCAAGGCCGACCAGCGAACGGCAGGGUCGAUCAGAUCAAGGACCGAGCUGGAGCUGCUGAGUCACCGCAAACCAGACCAGGAACUGCGAAUGGGAGCAUCCGCCCUUCCAUCGAUACGGCUGGAUUCGCGACACCCACUGGAUCGCAGACGCACGAAACCGAGCCACCCACCUCCAACACACCUGCGGCGCUCGAAGUGCCCAAAACGCCUGUCGGUGCAGCACAAGAAGCGACGCAGGAUUCGUUGAGCACCAUCGCACCGCCUACCAGCCCACCCCGCCCUCCGAAGAGUAUCUCGCGACAGAGCAGCAGGGAGCCCGUCAGCAAUGGUGUUCGCAAGUCUUCAAGCGCCUCGUUCGCCCCACUCGAGCCAGUGCGAUCCCCUGCUAAUGACGUGGUUCAGGCCGCGCCAGCCUUGCAGACCAUCGUGCCUGGCACUGGAGCUGCUGUGAAUCGACAAGCCUAA